UAUCAGCUCGUAGAUACUUCACGAUUAUAGGAGUGUACCUCACGCGUCUUUCAUCAACAGCCGAGCACGGUAAUUAAAAAUUACAUUCCUUUGAGAACAACGAAAAAACCAUAGGAGCAGAUCUCCCAAAUACUAUGCCCCCCUUCUGCGUGAUAGUACGAAACCCCUGCGUCAACAACUUUAAAAUUCUCCCGAAAAGCCGAAGGUUGUGAUGGAAAAUCUCAAAAAUCGUGAAAGCCGUACGAUGACAAUAGUCGAUCCUCGUAAUUGAUUGCAACGAAGAAACAAAGAAUACAUCAAUAACUGAAUGGAAAACCCUGAGCUGUGGUAAACACCUGUAUAGAAAAAUUCACCAAACCACGUGAGAAAAGUGAAUAAAAAAGUCAUGCAAGUUUAUUCGUGAUGGGACUACCUGCCCGAGGAGUAUUAGCCGGAUUCGUGGCAAUAGCCGCGUUCGCCGUUUACACAAAUAGCCUAGGUUGUGGUUUCGUGUUCGAUGAUAUAUCAGCCAUCAAGGAUAAUCGUGAUUUGCGACCCCAUACACCAUUGAGAAAUGUAUUCUAUAAUGAUUUUUGGGGUACACCGAUGUACAAGGAACAAUCACACAAGUCGUAUAGACCAAUCUGCGUUCUCACAUUCCGAUGGAAUUACAUGAUUCAUCAGUUGGAUCCAAUGGGAUACCAUCUUCUGAACGUGGUUUUGCAUGUUGGAGUUUGCAUUUUGUACUUCAGAACAUGCCUGAUGUUCCUGUCGGAUCUGGCGAGUUUUGUGGCUGCUCUGUUGUUCGCGGUGCAUCCCAUUCAUACCGAAGCUUGCUGGUACUAUGGACAUCUUGCCACAAAGUGCACGAGUACAAUCGACCGGUCUAAGCUCUGCGUCAAAUGCUCAGCGACCGGCCACAAGGCCUCAGACUGCACGGAGCAGCCCCGAUGCGCUUUGUGCAUCGAGAAAGGCAACACGGAGAAUUAUGCCCACAUUGCUGGUAGCAGUAAAUGCCCAGUGUAUAAGGAGGCACUCCAGAAGGUCCUCAAUAAACGACGAUGA